AUGCUGCAUGUACCACGACUAACGUCUUCCAUCUGCGUCUUUAGCCGCAUUAAAUCUUUACAUUUCCUAUCUUCAUCUUCUACAUCCAUUUUAUCUACCCAUACAUUCAUUAAGAAAGAGAAAAAUGGUCUAGAAGAGCGAAUAAUAUCAGCAUUAGUUGUCAAUCGACCAGGAACACUAGCACAACUUGCUAAUGUAUUUAAAUGUGCAGAUCAAAGUAUCUCUGGUCUAUGUGUACGCUCUACCAUUGUCCCAGAGCUCUCACGUGUCACAAUCACAUCUUUUCUACAAGAUCAGGAACUACCGGCACUUAAAAAACGACUUUGUGCUCUUGUAGCCGUGACUUUCUUCCAUAUAACAAGUGUCAAGUUUUGUGUCACCAGUGAACAGCUUUUACUGCGAUCUCAGCUAUUGGUACAAAUUCGACGAAAUCCACGUCGCCAGUGUCACUUAUUACGGACUUUGAAUGAGUUUCAAGCCGAGAUUAUCGUCCCACAUGAUGAACAAGAUGCAGAAAAUGACGAUUCAGUGGUGAUAAUGGAUGAUGAACAUUUGAAUCACGAUGGCGUCCCUUAUUCCUAUAGUAGUGCUGCCUCAGUGACGCAAUUUUUGACACUUGUUGAUGAACCACACCAGUUGAUGCAAUUUGUCGAUGCACUCAAGGAGAGAGGAUUUCAAAUCAUUGAGACACAAAUGUGUGGGCCAGUGUUUUUAGACACUUCACAUUCGACACUGGACCCGAGAGACUCCUAUUCAUUCCGACGCAAAGUCGCCUUGGAAGUGGAGAAUUUGCUUCUUGUGUCUACGGACAAUGAGGCGACCAUUGCAAAGAUGGAACGACAUGUUAGUGAAGGCACUGCGUCCGUGCUACGACAACUGAAAAAGGACAAGGACUCAGGAGUGGUGAGCUCUGAGGCAAACCCACUGGAUGCUCAUGUCAUGAUGUCGUCCAUGUCGCCUACGUCAACACUCCAACUACAUACAAAUGACCGGGGUUGCUUCACUUCCAACCGGUUGCGAUUGCAUGCUCGCAUCGCACAGCAGCUGUACUCUUGUGCGCCGCAGGACAUAACGGCUCCCAAAUUUGUGCUUUUGUUGGGCAUUCCCGGAUCAGGCAAGUCAACAAUGCUAAGUCAUCUCGAUCUCAUGGAACAGCUAACGCUACAAGACUUUGUAAACUUUGACGUUGAUGAUGUCAUUGCGCUUCUUCCAGAGUUUUACCACGCAAUGCUUAACGUGGGUCUAGGCAAUGACCCAGAAAGUCGCAGCGUGACAGAUUUGGAACAUGCUGGAAUGAGCUCAAAAGACCAUGUCAAAUUGCUGCCGAGGCCACAGACACGAUACCAGUUGUGUCGCGACGAGGCACGCUUCAUUCUAAAGAAAAAUCUCGACGGCGCAAUCAUGUCACGCAAGAACAUUAUUCUUCAUGGUAGUGGCAAGAGUUUCACCAGUUAUGCGCUCACCAUUGAUCAAGUGAAGGCGGCAGGUUUUGAUGUCCAUGUGGUAUGUUUAGACAUUUCGAUAAUGGAGGCUUAUAAGCGGGUGGACAAACGUAGCAGUGGCUUUGGGCGCGACGUUCCUCGACUUGUUAUUGAGACGGCGUCGUCAUUAAUUACGCGCAAUUUCCGUCGGCUAGCAAGUCGCGUGCCUAACGCACACCUGUUUGACAGCAUUGGGAUCCCACCACGGCUAGUCUGGAGCAAACAACGCUCAGAGAUCGUUACGGAGCAUCCAGACGAUGAUGUACAGCGAAAGUUUGGCAUCGAGUAG